GGAAGCUCCGGACUGAGCGACCGCUCCGGUAGCCCGGGGUUCACUGCCCCCGCGGGCAGGGUGCGCGGACUCAGCGCCGGGACCGGCGGCCGCGGGGGCGCAGAGAGGGCGGAGAGGAGAGGAGGCGGCAGCGCCGGCGAGGCUGAGGGGAGGUCGCCGGUGGCGCCUCCAGCGCCCGGAGCCCCGGUGCGCAGCGCAGCGCUGCCGCGGGACGCGGCGCCCGGAGCCCCGGCAGCGCCCGCCCUCCCUCCCGCGUCGCCCGCCAGCGCCAGCUCCCGCUCCGCCAGUGACUUCAGCUCAGCUCCACCCCCACGCGGCGGCUGCUCGCUCCGUCCGGACCCGCGCUCGGCACAAGCCCAGCCCGGGCAAGCGGCGGCCACCUGCCCGGAGCCGCCUCCGCCCGCCCCCACCGCGGCCCAACUUGGAUGGAGUUGGGGUCCUGAGCGCCGGCUCCCCACAGCCGCCAGUGCAGAGUCCCGCGCCGUCACCUUCGGUCUGGGACCCCUCUCUCCGCUGCUCUCCGCUCCCGCGAUGGGAAAAGUUGGCGCCUGCGGCGGCUCGCCAGCCCGGCUGAGCGCGCUCCUCGCCGGCGCGGGGCUCUUGGUCCUCUGCGCCCCAGGCGUCUGCGGCGGCGGCUCCUGCUGCCCCUCGCCGCACCCCAGCUCGGCCGCACGCUCGGCUUCGACCCAUAGGGGUUUUUCUCACCAGGGGCCGCCAGGCAGGGCUCCUGCCACGCCCCUGCCCCUCGUAGUGCGCCCCCUGUUCUCAGUGGCCCCCGGGGACCGAGCACUGUCCCUGGAGCGGGCUCGGGGCACUGGGGCAUCCGUGGCGGCUGCUGUACGCUCCAGCCGGAGGAGACGGAGCGGAGCGGAUCAGGAGAAGGCAGAACUGGGAGGGGGCGCGAGUCGGAGCCCCCGGGGAGUGCUAAGAGAUGGAGGGCAGCAGGAGCCUGGGACUCGGGAGCAGGACCCGGACAAAGCCACCCGCUUCCGGAUGGAGGAGCUGAGACUGACCAGCACCACAUUUGCGCUGACCGGAGACUCAGCACACAACCAAGCCAUGGUCCACUGGUCUGGCCACAACAGCAGCGUGAUUCUCAUUUUGACAAAGCUCUAUGACUAUAACCUGGGGAGCAUCACCGAGAGCUCGCUUUGGAGGUCAACCGAUUAUGGAACAACCUAUGAGAAGCUGAAUGAUAAAGUUGGUUUGAAAACCAUUUUGAGCUAUCUCUAUGUGUGUCCUACCAACAAGCGUAAGAUAAUGUUACUCACAGACCCAGAGAUUGAGAGCAGCUUAUUGAUCAGCUCAGAUGAAGGGGCAACUUAUCAAAAAUACCGGCUGAACUUCUACAUUCAAAGCUUGCUUUUUCACCCCAAGCAAGAAGACUGGAUUCUGGCAUACAGUCAAGACCAAAAGUUAUACAGCUCUGCUGAAUUUGGGAGAAGGUGGCAGCUUAUCCAAGAAGGGGUUGUACCAAACAGGUUCUACUGGUCUGUGAUGGGGUCAAACAAAGAACCAGACCUUGUGCAUCUUGAGGCCAGAACUGUGGAUGGUCAUUCACAUUAUCUAACUUGCCGAAUGCAGAACUGUACAGAGGCCAACAGAAAUAAACCUUUUCCGGGCUACAUUGACCCAGACUCUUUGAUUGUUCAGGAUGAUUAUGUGUUUGUUCAGCUGACAUCAGGAGGGCGGCCACAUUACUACGUGUCCUACCGAAGGAACACGUUUGCCCAGAUGAAGCUUCCGAAAUAUGCUUUGCCCAAGGACAUGCAUGUUAUCAGCACUGAUGAGAAUCAAGUGUUUGCAGCGGUCCAAGAAUGGAACCAGAAUGACACGUACAACCUCUACAUCUCAGACACACGUGGUGUCUACUUCACCCUGGCCUUGGAGAAUGUCCAGAGCAGCAGAGGCCCUGAGGGCAAUGUCAUGAUCGACCUCUAUGAGGUAGCAGGGAUAAAGGGAAUGUUCUUGGCUAACAAGAAGAUUGACAACCAAGUGAAGACUUUCAUCACGUAUAACAAAGGCAGAGACUGGCGUUUGCUGCAGGCACCAGACACGGAUCUAAGGGGGGACCCCGUGCACUGCUUGCUGCCCUAUUGCUCACUACACCUUCACCUGAAGGUCUCUGAGAAUCCCUACACAUCAGGGAUCAUUGCCAGCAAAGACACAGCUCCAAGCAUUAUAGUGGCAUCAGGUAAUAUAGGUUCUGAAUUAUCAGACACUGACAUCAGCAUGUUUGUCUCUUCAGAUGCAGGGAACACUUGGAGGCAGAUCUUUGAAGAAGAGCACAGUGUUUUGUACCUGGAUCAAGGUGGAGUCCUGGUUGCUAUGAAACACACAUCUCUCCCAAUUCGACAUCUUUGGUUGAGUUUUGAUGAAGGGAGAUCUUGGAGCAAAUACAGUUUCACAUCUAUACCACUUUUUGUGGAUGGGGUUCUGGGUGAGCCUGGAGAAGAGACUCUCAUCAUGACAGUGUUUGGACACUUCAGCCACCGCUCUGAAUGGCAGCUGGUCAAAGUAGACUACAAGUCCAUUUUUGAUAGACGGUGUGCCGAAGAGGACUACAGACCCUGGCAGCUGCACAGCCAGGGGGAAGCAUGUAUCAUGGGAGCGAAAAGGAUAUAUAAGAAGCGAAAAUCAGAGAGGAAAUGUAUGCAAGGAAAAUAUGCCGGAGCUAUGGAAUCUAAACCCUGUGUCUGCACGGAGGCUGAUUUUGACUGUGAUUAUGGUUACGAGCGACACAGCAAUGGCCAGUGCCUGCCAGCAUUUUGGUUCAACCCAUCCUCUCUGUCGAAGGAUUGUAGCUUGGGACAGAGUUACCUCAACAGUACUGGGUACAGGAAGGUGGUUUCCAAUAAUUGCACUGAUGGAGUAAGGGAACAGUACACUGCCAAACCCCAGAAGUGCCCAGGAAAAGCCCCGCGGGGGCUGCGGAUAGUCACAGCUGAUGGAAAGCUGACAGCGGAACAAGGACACAACGUUACUCUCAUGGUGCAAUUAGAAGAGGGUGACGUUCAGCGGACACUUAUCCAAGUGGACUUCGGCGAUGGUAUCGCGGUGUCUUACGUGAAUCUCAGCUCCAUGGAAGAUGGGAUCAAACACGUCUAUCAGAACGUGGGCAUUUUCCGUGUGACCGUGCAGGUGGACAACAGUCUGGGUUCUGACAGCGCCGUCCUGUACUUACAUGUAACUUGUCCCUUGGAGCAUGUGCACCUGUCUCUUCCCUUUGUCACCACAAAGAACAAAGAGGUCAACGCGACGGCAGUGCUGUGGCCCAGCCAAGUGGGCACCCUCACUUAUGUGUGGUGGUACGGGAACAACACGGAGCCUUUGAUCACCUUGGAGGGGAGCAUAUCCUUCAGAUUUACUUCAGAAGGAAUGAAUACCAUCACAGUGCAGGUCUCAGCUGGGAAUGCCAUCCUACAAGACACAAAGACCAUCGCUGUAUACGAGGAAUUCCGGUCCCUUCGCUUGUCCUUUUCUCCAAACCUGGAUGACUACAACCCGGACAUCCCUGAGUGGAGGAGGGACAUCGGCCGAGUCAUCAAAAAGUCCCUGGUGGAAGCCACAGGGGUUCCAGGCCAGCACAUCCUGGUGGCGGUGCUCCCCGGCUUACCCACGACUGCUGAACUCUUUGUCCUGCCCUACCAGGAUCCAGCGGGAGAAAACAAAAGGUCAGCUGACGACUUGGAGCAGAUAUCAGAACUGCUGAUCCACAAGCUCAACCAAAACUCAGUACACUUCGAGCUGAAGCCAGGGGUCCAAGUCCUGGUCCAUGCUGCUCACUUAACAGCAGCCCCCCUGGUGGACCUCACUCCAACCCACAGUGGAUCUGCCAUGCUGAUGCUGCUCUCAGUGGUGUUUGUGGGGCUAGCAGUAUUUGUCAUCUACAAGUUUAAAAGGAGAGUAGCUUUACCCUCCCCUCCCUCCCCUUCUACUCAACCUGGUGACUCAUCUCUCCGAUUGCAAAGAGCAAGACACGCCACUCCGCCUUCAACGCCAAAGCGGGGAUCUGCUGGGGCACAAUUUGCAAUUUAAGGAAAACCCCCAAAGGCUACAGGCGACCUGCUGAUCAGGAAAGAAUUUCGCUCUUGUCAAGUACACCAUCCUUCAUGACCACUAACUUUGUGUUUUCUCUUUCCUUUGUUGUUCUGUUUCCUAUUUUGCCAGGAAGUAUUUCCAUAGUUGCUGAGAAUCAAAGCACAAAAGAAAUCCCUAUGUAAAUGUUUGAAUGGAGGACGCCAGUAAAACAAAACAAAACAAAAACAAAAUAAUAUAAAAUAUAAACAAUAUCAAAAUCCAAACAAACACUCACUGCAUCGGGACUUUUUAAUUCUUCAGACACAGACAACAAGGGUUUUUAGCUUUAAGCCUGUGCAUGUGGACGAUACUCUGAGAACAUGUGUGGAGGGGCAGUGUACAGGUGCUCUAUUUUAAUGGAAAACACUCCCCUCUCCCUCUUUCUUCUCCUCUUUUUUCUGAUCGGUCGUGUUUGUAGAAAAUUCAUAACAUAUAUAGGCCAAGGAAAUCUGCAUGUAUUUUUGGAAAUAUUCUUGGCUCUAGAUUUAUCAGCUAUUUUAGCAUUAAGGGCUGAUGGGUGGAUUAGCUACCCCAGCCCCUUUCAUAAGACACAAAGACAUGCACAGGAGUUUGAAACCCUGAGCUGUUUCUCUGUUCCACUUUCCAUAUUGUCAUCUCCCUUCUAAGUUAGCUUUUGUAGCUCUGUUGGUCAGCAGUGGCCACAAGGCUGUUUUCUGUACUCUCUGUGGCCACAAAAACAAAGAUGGGAGUUCAAGAUCCCUGUAUGCAGGUAGAAUAGGGAAGGAAGGGAGGCAAAGCAUGUCAGAAACGGACCUUGGUUUUCUGUUUACCUCUUCCCACCAUGAUUGCUUCCACUUGCAGCUUUCCCUACUCCUGCCCCACUGCAGUAGGAAAUGGAACCCCAUUAGUCCAUUUUCCUGCCUUCACAUGUGUCUAUCAAUCAUCCUUGUGUGGCCAUGAUCUGUUGAUGUCUUUGAAUCUCUUCCCUCCAAACCCCAAGUAAGUUGUCCUUCAACUGUUGUCAAUUAUUUUUCCCAAACAUGUUGCUAGAUUCUGGACAUUAACCCUAACGUUUCCUAAAUAGCGGCCUGGCCUCUGCCACCCCUGCCUCCACCACUUGCAAGUUUCGGCUCCUUCUGUCAGUUUUGUACAUUCCCAAGCAUGCCAGUGUCUGUGCCCAUGGACCUCGCUGUAUCCUGCACAGCAGGGUUCAGUUUCAUGUAUCCUUGUCUCUUCCUCUAGAACCUGCCUUUUCCCACCUGGAAACAUAUACUGUAUGUGAAAGAGUUGAUAUUAUGCAAAGCUAUUCAAACCUGGCCAUGUACUUUGGAAAAGAAAGCAUAGAGAUGAAUUGUGGUGGUCUCACAACCAAAAUCUCAUGAGACCUGAUUCUAGAAGAUUCUUGCGAGAAAUGUUUUGAAUGUGUGAUGAUUUUGCAGGGCGAUUUCCUCCUGUGAUGGUUGCUGUUACCCAACAUUUCACUCUCACAAUAGAAUAGAAAUGUUUGUGAAAUUGAUUUUAACUGGAAGGAGAAGCAGGUUAAUGGACUUCAUGUUUAAGAGUGUCAAAACGUCUGAGAGAAUAAAUGAGGGGGUUUUGUCUUACAUUAGGGUGAGAGUUUGAUAUUUAGGAUGAUCUCAGUGAUUUCAUGUGUGCUCUCUGACCUCUGAGUAUCAUAGUAUCAUUAAAGGAAAAAAGUUAGCUGAUUGGUAAAAAAAAAAGACUGGCGCAAAGCCUGAAGAAAUCCCAGUUUUUCCCAGGGUUAUCAUGAAAGAAGGCUCAGAGAAAGAGGGAAACAAAAGCCUGUCCAGCAGAGGUCCCUUUAGUAUUAUGGUCUGGGCAAAGCCCACUAUAAAUUAUAGGAGUAAGAAGUUCUGAUAAACCUUUUAGUGAGUUCAGCUUCCUCCUUUGCCUUGUCCCUAAGCCAACAGUAUAACACAGGCCCUGGUGAUAAUGAGGUGUCCUGAAGAUCCGGAUGUCCAUGACUUUAUGUAGCUCAGGCACAGAAAGAAUAGCAAAGCUGCUGUCAGAAGGGGAUCAGGCAGAGAUGUUUAUGGGUGAGGAGACCCCGUAUGAAUCUGGGAAAUUGGUCACGCCUGAGGCAGCCACCUAUUUGUAGAACUCGAUUAAUUCCUAACCUGCCAGGCUUCCUAUCUCAUAGGAAACAUCCUCAUUGAUCCUCUUCAGUUGGAGUCUCCCAAAUUUAAUCUGGAGGACAAAGUGUUGGAAAACUAAAAGAGGCUCACUCAAACCAGCACAGGGAAUCCUCAGAGUUGCAGUUCAAUUCAUCAUAAUUAGAAAAGUAUGAAAAAAAGAAUAACAGUCUUAUUCUAGCACAGUGCCUUGCCUAGAGUAGUAGUAUGAAAAUUAUUUGUUGAAUAAAUGAAUGGAAAGACACAGGGAAGAAUAACAGGGAAGAAUAAGCUGUAAAUCCUAAUUAAAAAUAGAGGUAGACAUGAGAUGCCUGGCAUUUUGAAAAGUGACCAAAGAUGGCCAGCAAAAGAUUCAGCAUUUCCAGGGUCCUCAUGUGCCUCUCCUCAAAGCUCCCUCCCAUCUGUAGGAGAUUAGUGAGGCAAGGUACUUGCUCAGAGAGGACCUCAUUGUUCUUAUGACCUUGGCCAGUUGUUCUCAAAGUGUGGUACCUGGACCAGUAGUAUCAGAAUCACUUGGACUUGUUAGAGAUGCAAAUUCUCCAUCCAUACCCCAUACCUACUGAGUUAGAAACUCUAGGGGAUAAAUAGUGGUGUUCUCUGUUGCUAAGCGAUAGUGAGCCUGGCCAUCAAUUUUAACAAGCCCUCCCAGUGACUGUGAUACAUACUGGAGUUUGAGAACCAUUGUCCUAGGCCAUUCCAGCUGAAUCUCAAAGAGAAGGCAGUAAGGAGAGCCUACAAAUGGGAGGGACCUAAGUGCCUACCUACUCACUAAAAGCAGGUGCAAACAAACACACAAGGGGUGUGUUUAAGGUGGGCUUAAGGUCAGAGGAGUGUGUAGGGAAGUAUGUAUUUGGAAGGUAAGAUUCAGGGCAAGCUAAAAAUCCAAUUCUGCAACGUUUUCCAAAAUCCCAGAAGGCAAACUGUGCAUGUUCUACCCUGAACUACCCAACCAACAUUUUCUCCCUUGCCUUAUUUUUAAUUGGAUUCACUGUCCAAAAUGCAGAGGUUUGCUUUGCUUUUUUUUUUUCAGAAGUUUCAAACAGCAACUUUGAGAGCAGUGGGGUGCUUGGCAGCUGUUCUGUGUUUUCCAGGAAUCCAACUGAGCAUUGAAAUCUCUCAUUUGCCAACUUAUUUUUAUAGGAAGCCAAUUUAAAAAAAAAAGUUUUCUUAUAGUAUUGGAACUACUUCUAAUUUUAAAAUGACUUUUUUGAUGUAUUUUUUGUUAAAUACUAUGUAGUGUAAUGUAUAAUUGCUCUUGUUUAUUGCUUUUACAAUCAUAUUUAUUAAACAGAUAAUGUCUCUAA